AUGGCUUCAAAUACGGACACCAACGCUGUACUUCUAGAGAUGUUCAAGCGGCAUAUCAAGAACGAACCACAAGAGCACGGAGAGGUCAACAUCAACGGCUUCAAGCACAAAAUCGUCAACUUCGAAGUUGAUCUCCUCGUAAAGGACACCACAUCUCCUCUCCUCCUCGCGAGGGUCAUAUUCACCGCCCGCGGGGAAUCAAACCCCUUUGCACCAGAAGACCAGUCAAGCAUCGACCUAGCAGCACAUAUAACCAUCAACCCCGAUCACCCUUCCUCCAGCCUAGUCAUCCUCGAGAUACCACAAGACCAUGAACCCGUCACAACCCCCCGGCGCGCAUCCACAAUUCCCACGCACCCCAGCACAGGGAGCACCAAAUCCCUCGCGGAGACUUACAGGACCUACCUCGAGACCUUCAUGGCCGACCCCGCAACGGGAGAGGCACAACUCCCGCGCUUCCUGCACCAGCCGGUGACGCACAACGGGCGAGAGCUCACCGUGCCGGCCUACCACUCCCUCGGACACGACGUGCGCGCCGUCAUCCCCGACCUGGCGUGCGAUAUCGUGGACCUGGUCGCCGACGAGGAGAGGCAGGUCGUGGCCGCGCGGCUCGAGUUCAAGGGCACGCCGCUGUUGCCGAAGCCGGAUGGGCAGGAGGUCAGGAUCGGGGAGAUUGUGUUCUACUGGUUUGACGGGGCCAGGAUUCGGGAGGUGCUUAGUCUGGUGGAUGGGAGGGAGCUUGAGGGCGUGUCUUGA